AUGCGGGGAGGGGGGCUGCGAGGGCAGCGGUGCAGACACUGGCGGGACAUCUCCGUCUUCCCGGACGGAGCGGCCUUCCUGGGCGGAGACAAACACCAUGAUGCUGCUCACGAAAUUAUUGAGACAAUUCGAUGGGUCUGUGAAGAAAUCCCAGAUCUCAAGCUUGCUAUGGAAAACUAUGUUUUAAUUGACUAUGAUACAAAAAGCUUUGAAAGCAUGCAGAGGCUUUGUGACAAAUACAACCGAGCCAUUGAUAGCAUUCAUCAGCUGUGGAAGGGAACCACCCAGCCUAUGAAACUCAACACUCGUCCCUCCAACGGGCUCCUCCGUCAUAUCCUGCAGCAAGUGUACAACCACUCGGUGACCGAUCCAGAGAAACUCAACAACUACGAGCCCUUUUCCCCAGAGGUUUACGGAGAAACUUCCUUUGACUUAGUGGCCCAAAUGAUAGAUGAAAUUAAAAUGACAGAAGAUGAUUUGUUUGUGGACUUGGGCAGUGGUGUGGGCCAGGUGGUGCUUCAGGUGGCUGCGGCCACCAACUGCAAACAUCACUACGGUGUGGAGAAAGCUGAUAUUCCAGCCAAAUACGCUGAGACGAUGGACAGAGAGUUCAGAAAGUGGAUGAAAUGGUAUGGGAAAAAACAUGCAGAAUACACACUGGAAAGAGGUGACUUCCUGUCAGAAGAAUGGAGAGAGAGAAUUGCAAACACAAGUGUAAUUUUUGUGAAUAACUUUGCCUUUGGUCCUGAGGUGGAUCACCAACUGAAGGAGCGCUUUGCAAACAUGAAGGAAGGUGGGAGAAUUGUGUCCUCAAAACCUUUUGCACCUCUGAAUUUUAGAAUAAACAGUCGAAACUUGAGUGAUAUUGGCACUAUAAUGAGAGUUGUGGAGCUGUCACCACUGAAAGGGUCUGUGUCGUGGACCGGGAAACCAGUUUCUUACUACCUGCAUACUAUUGACCGAACCAUACUUGAAAACUACUUUUCUAGUCUCAAAAAUCCAAAACUCAGGGAGGAACAAGAGGCAGCUAGACGUCGUCAACAAAGAGAAAAUAAGAGUAACACAACUACUCCAACGAAGGUUCAAGAAAACAAGGAUUCUGGUGCUGAAGAAGAAAAAGCUGGGGCAAAUUCUGUUAAAAAGCCAUCUCCCUCCAAAGCACGUAAGAAAAAGCUGAGUAAAAAAGGAAGGAAAAUGGCAGGCAGGAAACGAGGACGUCCCAAGAAAAUGAACACUGCAAAUACAGAGCGCAAGACCAAGAAGAACCAAACUGCACUAGAACUUCUGCAUGCUCAAACUGUGUCGCAAACAUCUUCAUCCUCUCCUCAGGAUGCAUACAAGUCACCUCAUAGUCCAUAUUACCAACUACCUCCUAAAGUGCAACGGCAUUCAUCUAAUCAGCUACUGGUGACACCCACCCCACCCGCACUACAGAAGCUGCUAGACUCUUUUAAGAUCCAGUACAUGCAGUUCAUGGCAUACAUGAAAACUCCUCAGUAUAAAGCAAGUCUGCAACAGUUACUGGAGCAGGAAAAGGAGAAAAAUGCCCAGCUACUGGGGACUGCACAGCAGUUAUUCACCCACUGCCAGGCGCAGAAAGAGGAAAUAAAACGUCUUUUUCAACAGAAACUUGAUGAGUUGGGAGUUAAAGCUCUGACAUACAAUGACCUGAUUCAGGCUCAGAAGGAAAUCUCCGCUCACAAUCAGCAACUGAAAGAACAGACAAAACAGCUGGAGAAGGAUAACAGCGAACUCAGGAACCAGAGCUUACAGCUGCUGAAGGCGAGGUGUGAAGAACUGAAGCUGGAUUGGUCUACACUGUCACUGGAGAACUUGCUGAAGGAGAAGCAGGCAUUGAAGAACCAAAUUUCUGAGAAACAAAAGCACUGUUUGGAGUUGCAGAUCAGCAUUGUGGAACUUGAGAAAAGUCAAAGACAGCAGGAGCUCAUGCAGCUGAAAUCGUAUACGCCGUCAGAUGAGUCGCUGUCAGUCCAGCUACGCAAUAAAAACCAUCUGAGCCGUGAUCCUGAGGCUGAUCAUGGCAGGUUCCAACUUGAGCUUGAAUGCUCUAAAUUUCCUGUGCCCCACAUCAACGGUAUGAGCCCAGAACUGUCCAUGAACGGCCAUGCUGCUCCCUAUGAAAUUCAUAACACUUUUAGCAGGCCCUCCUCCAAGCAGAACACCCCUCAGUACACGACCUCCCAUCUGGACCAAGAAAUAGUUCCAUGUACUCCAAACCACAACAGCAGACAGAAGGCAGACAAGAUGACGAGCUUGUCCUUACCCGAUUACACCAGGUUUUCCCCUGCCAAAAUAGCACUAAGGAGACACUUGAAUCAAGACCAUGCAGUCAAUGGAAAAGCAACAGCUAAUGAGAUCCAGAGAGUUGACCAUGUAAAAGAGAAUGGCCUUACAUAUCCAAGCCCUGGUAUUAAUGGCAUAAAGCUGAGUCCUCAGGAAACUCGGCCCUCUUCCCCAGCGGCCUUACCCAUUGCAGGCGAGAAGGUUUUGAGAGAGAGAACCUCUGUGAGUAAUGGAGAAACUAUCACCAGCCUACCUAUCAGUAUUCCUCUCAGCACAGUGCAGCCCAAUAAACUCCCUGUUAGUAUCCCUCUGGCCAGCGUAGUCCUACCUAGCCGUGUUGAGAAGGUGAGAAGCACACCUAGCCCAGUUCAUCAGAAUAGAGACUCAUCGACACUUGAAAAGCAGAUUGGUGCUAGUUCUCAUAAUGGUGUAAGCAAUGCUGCUGGAAACAAGCCACUGGCUUUGGCUACCUCAGGACAUGUAAAACAAUCCCCUUCCAACAAGCACAGUGCUCUGCCCCCGAGCGCUCGGCUGGACUGUGGCCAAGCACACGCGCAGGAUGGGAAGAAGCGAGGGCGGCGGAAGAGAUCUUCUACCGGGAAUCCCAGCGGGAACUCCGGGGUCUCCCCGAAACGCAAAUCCUUACCUACUGUGUCGGGACUCUUUACGCAGCCAUCGGGGUCACCACUCAACAUUAACUCCAUGGUCAAUAACAUUAACCAGCCUUUAGAAAUAACAGCCAUUUCCUCUCCUGAAAACUCCCUGAAGAACUCUCCUGUUCCUUACCAGGACAAUGACCUGCCCCCGGUACUGAAAAAGGAAAAGCCGCUCGUUCAGACCAACGGCGUUCACUACUCCCCUCUAACGUCCGAUGAAGAGCAGGGAUCUGAAGAUGAGCACAACAGCACCAGAAUUGAGAGGAAAAUUGCAACGAUAUCGCUGGAGAGCAAAUCUCCACAGAAGACUGUUGAAAACGGCGGCAAUUUACCCGGGAGGAAACAAGCACAAACCAACGAGAACAUGAACAGCAGUAAAUGGAAAUCUACUUUCUCACCAAUAUCCGACAUCAACCUGACCAAAACCACGGACAGUCCCUUGCAGUCGGCUUCAUCCCUGAGCCAGAACUCGCUCUUCGCCUUUCGGCCGCCCGCUGAGGAUAGCCUAGCCAUUGACUCCAAGAUCACAGCACACGCGAGGAAAAGCAUUGCCAUGCCCUCCUCUGGGGCCGAGGGGCUCAGCCCGAGCACAAACUCCACUAAUGGGUUCACGUACAACGGUGGACUGUCAGCAGACCUGGGUUUACACAGCUUUAUUGACGGUGCUUCUCUUCCGCAUAAGACUUCGGACGUGACUUCCAACUGCUCCCUGGGGUUUCAGUCACAGCGAAGCAAAGAUGUGGGGGUGUCGGAAACAAACCCGUUUUUGAACAAGAGGCAACUCGAAGGCCUCAGCAGCACGAAAGGAGAAGACUUAAAUCGGUCAGGGGGCAAAAACAAAGAGAUCAGCGAAAUAAGCAUCCGUACUGGGGGUUCUUCGGAAAAAAACUCUCUGCAGCAUAACGGAAAGGUCGGCAAAGGAAGGGACCGAGAUGUGGAGUUCAAAAACGGCCACAACCUUUUCAUUUCUGCUGCUGUUUCAUCUGGUGGCCUUCUGAAUGGUAAAAGCCUUUCGACUGCUGUUUCUUCAGCAGGCAACCCAGCAUCUUCUGUUCAGCCGCACCAUCCUUUCCUAAACGCUCUGACCACUGGAUCACAGUUCCCCCUGGGCCCCAUGGCCUUGCAAGCAAACCUCAACUCAGUGACAAAUUCCUCAGUAUUGCAGUCCUUAUUUAAUUCAAUGCCAGCUGCUGCCAGUCUGGUCCACGUGUCAUCAGCUGCAACCAGACUGACUAAUUCUCACACUAUGGGGAACUUCUCUCCUGGGGUUACAGGUGGAACAGUUGGAGGUAUUUUUAACCAUGCGGUGCCUUCUGCCUCCUCUCCUCAUCAAUUCGGAGCCAGUUUCAGCAGCAGUGCUGUCUCUAGCAGCACCGUGCUAAGCUUAAACCCUCUGCAGGCUGUUGCCAGCACCUCAGCCCCAUCCUUCCCGUCCCCCUCCUCUAAUUUAGUAACAUCUAGCGAGAAUAGAUCUGCUCAGCAGCUCAACAGAGCGCCGGUGCAGUCUGUCUUUCAUCCCCCGCCGCCUCCUAACGUCUCGUUGCCUCCUCCUCCUCCAUUACUCGCUGCUAACCCUGAGCCUGCGCUGCUGCAGGCCCUGCCCUCCAUCCCCCCCGGCGAAGCCUUUUUGCCAUCCUCUUCUGCUGCUUCUGUCCAACCUGCUAACGCUUCUUUGUCCUUUAAGCUAACCUCUCUGCAGCACAAACCCUCCCGCCCUUCCUUUACCGUCCACCACCCGCCUCUGCCCCGCGUGGCGCUGGCACAGACCGCGCCGGCCAUCGCGCCGGCCAACGCAGCCGGCACCUCCGCUAUGUGGGUUACACUUGGCAUGCAGCCUCCUUAUGCUUCGCACCUUUCUGGGGUUAAGCCGCGAUAAAGAGCUUGCUUAGCUAACAGUUCUUAUUUUGUAAGGUAAGGCUAGAGAAAAAACAGCAGGAGUUGUGUGCGAGAUGCUCACUGACGCUUCUUCCUUUGCAGAGAUAGGGUGGGAAC